UACACCUCCACCAUCCUGCCCAGAGUUCUGGCCAGUCUUCUGACCGGGGACAAGACCAUUUCCAUCAGUGGUUGUUUAACACAAUGUUAUUUUAUUGGUUUCUUUGCAGGUGCAGAAUGCUAUCGGCUAGCGGUGAUGUCUUAUGAUCGGUUCUUGGCGAUAUGCAAACCUCUGCGUUAUGCAGCCCUCAUGAACGGCAGGUUCUGCCUGCAGCUAGCAGCAGGGUCUUGGAUAAAUGGAUUUCUGGCCAUGACCAUAGUAAUAGUUCUUAUGUUACAAUUACUUUUUUGUGGCCCCAAUGAAAUUGAUCAUUUCUACUGUGAAUCCACAGAAAUACUUAAUCUUUACUGUAGUGACACCAACCAGAUAGAUCUUGUCAUUACCUUCCUGGCUGCUGUAUUUACUCUGCCCCCAUUUGUAUUAACCGUGGCAUCCUACGUAUGUAUCAUCAUCACCAUCCUGAGAAUCCCUUCCACCACCGGGAGGCAGAAAGCCUUUUCCACCUGCUCCUCUCACCUCACUGUAGUGACAAUUUUCUAUGGGGACAUAAUGAUUCUCUACAUGCUACCAAAAACAAACUCACUGAGAGCCCUGAACAAAGUGUUCUCUGUCUUCUACACAGUUCUGACUCCUAUGGCCAAUCCCUUCAUAUACGGCCUGAGAAACACAGAGGUGAAGGACACUAUAGGAAAAAUGGUGAGAAUGCUGAUAGAGGCAGAGACAACAGCAGCCAUGAGCCAAGCAGCAGUGGAUACAAUGAGGAUGAUUGCAUGCGGCAGGUGCGGCAUGUACAUGGUCCUAGCAGGGGCGCCGGAACAGAGAUGCAACCUUGAGAUCUCGGCUGUCCAUGUUAUCACCGGCUGA